AUGCUGUCCAUGCAUCUGCUGCUGUUCUUCAGCUUUGCCUUUCUGUUGCAGCCUGUGGUCAGAGGUGCUUCAUCUUCGCCCCGCCAUGAUUGCCCGAACAAGUGUGGCGACGUCAACAUUGAGUAUCCAUUUGGGAUUGGCCCUGGCUGUGCAUUGGAAAAGGGAUUUGAGCUUCACUGCAACAAGUCUCAGGAUGGCCAAAGGAACAUUACCUACUUCUCUAACCUGCCGGUGGCCAACAUAUUACUGCUCGAAGGUCAGGUUCAGGUGAUGAGUUCUAUUGCUUCCAUGUGCCCCAACCGCUCAACCACGUACCUCUUGAACCUUUCUGGCACGCCGUUCACGGUAGCAGACAAGGAGAACAUGUUCACAGUCUUAGGAGUCGACGCGCUUGGCUUUAUGGCUGGUUCAAGGCAAUCUGCCAUCGAGGGGAGGCUGCUGGACGUGAUAGAUGACCGCAUCAAGGGUGAAGAGAACGUUGGGCUGCUGGAGGAGGUCGCUGACGUCGCGAAGCAGUGCCUGGAGAUGGGUGGCGAGAACCGACCAGCCAUGAGAGACGUCGCUCAGAGGCUCGGCAGGUUGAGUAGAGUGACACAGCACCCGUGGAUGCAGCGUGACCCCGAGGAGAUGGAGAGCUUGCUCGCUGUCAGAGAGCCAUCGGUGGACGGCAUGGAGAUGGUGAACGCUACGUUUUUUACCAUGGAGAGGAGCGUUGGUCGUGGCUUACUGGAGUUUGGUCGUUAG